UUAAGGCGGGGGGGCCGGCAGGGCUCGGCGGCCGCGCACGGCAGUGGGGCCGCGCCGACACGGUGGGGCCGCGACGCGGGUGGGGUCCCCGGGUACCCCCAUCCAUCCCCGCAUCCCCGCCCGGCAUCCGCCGCGCCCCCCGGGGUCCUGUCCCCGCCCGUCCCGCGGCCUCUCUGUCCCCUCUCUGUCCCUCUCUGUCCCCUCUCUGUCCCCUCUGUCCCUCUCUGUCCCUCUCUGUCCCUCUCUGUCCCCUCUCUGCCCUCCAGUCCCCUUGUCCGUGGGGUGUGGGUGCCGUCCCCCUCCCUCCUCUCGGGGUGUCCCCGGGCUGAGCCCCCCCGGCGGGAACGUGGCGCAACCCGCCCGCGGGGAGCUCCGCUUUUUAUCGAUUUUAUUAUUUUUAGCAUUACCUAUAAUUUCCAAUUUUAUUAUUAAUUUUUAACCCCUCCUGGCCCCGCCCGGGGAGCGCGGGAUGGGGCUCCGGGGGCAGCCCCCGCUCUCCGCCCCCGGGGACCGCUGCCGGUGGUAGGUGUCCCCCGGGGCUGUCCCCACCGGGGAGCGGGCACCAUGGGGCAGGGGGCCACGGGGCUGGCCGGGGCACUGCCAGCCGGGACCCCGCAGCUGCUGGACGUGGGGCACACGCUCCCUCCGGGCGGGGAUGCUCUGAGCCACGCACGGGGCCUGGAUUGCUGGGAGGUUCGGAAGCACAACAGCUCCGAGUGGUGCCACUUCAUCCGGAGCAACCCCGACUGCCGGCUGGACGGGGGAUUCCUCGACUACCUCGAUGGGGUCUUCUGUGUCUUCCCGCCCCGGCUGCUGCCCCUGGCUGUCACCCUCUAUGCUCUCUGGCUCCUGUACCUGUUCAUCAUCCUCGGUGUGACAGCAGAGAAGUUCUUCUGCCCCAAUUUAUCAGCCAUCUCCACCAACCUGAAGCUGUCCCACAACGUGGCAGGUGUCACCUUCCUGGCCUUUGGAAACGGGGCCCCUGAUGUCUUCAGUGCUGUGGUGGCUUUCUCGGACCCCCGGACCGCAGGGCUGGCCAUCGGGGCUGUCUUUGGUGCCGGUGUGUUUGUGACCACGGUGGUGGCCGGGGGCAUUGCCCUGGUCAAGCCCUUCACGGCCGCCUCCAGGCCCUUCCUCAGGGACGUCAUCUUCUACAUGGUGGCCGUCUUCCUCACCUUCAUCAUCCUCUACUUGGGCAGGAUCAGGCUGGGAGAGGCUCUGGGUUACCUGGGGCUCUACGUGUUCUACGUGCUCACCGUGGUGCUCUGCACCUGGAUCCACCGGCGGCAGCGCGGGGAUGGGCUGGCCCCUCCCGGAGCCUGGGAGCCAGAGAUGCCGACAGAUGUGGAAGAGCCGGAGCCCUCGAGCACGAACAGUGGGGACUAUGGGGAGGAGUACCGGCCCCUGCUGCCCUCCCGGGAGAGCUCCCUGCGCAUCCUCACCUCGGCCCUCAGCCCCCUGGACUGCCGCAAGUGGAGGAGGAAGCCCUGGUACUGGCGGCUCUUCAAGGCCUUCAGGGUGCCCGUGGAGCUGCUGCUGCUGCUCACCGUUCCCGUUGUGGACCCCGACAAGGAUGACCUGAACUGGAGGAGACCCCUCAACUGCCUGCACAUCCUCACCAGCCCCCUGCUCUGCGUCCUCACCCUGAAGUCAGGCGCCUGUGUUUGCCUUCCUUGGGUUUUUGGCCAGUACCAUGUGGAUCAACGCCGCGGCCACGGAGCUGGUGAACAUCCUGCGCACGCUGGGCAUCAUCUUCCAGCUCAGCAACACCGUGCUGGGCCUCACACUGCUGGCCUGGGGCAACAGCAUCGGGGACACCUUCUCCGACCUCACCAUGGCCCGGCAGGGCUAUCCCCGCAUGGCCUUCUCCGCCUGCUUCGGGGGCAUCAUCUUCAACAUCCUGGUCGGCGUGGGGCUGGGCUGCCUGCUGCAGAUGAGCAGCAGCCAGCCGCUGGUGAAGCUGGAGCCGGACAGCUCGCUGGUGUGGGUGCUGGCCGGGGCGCUGGGGCUGAGCCUGGCAUUCUCCCUGGUGACGGUGCCAGCGCAGUGCUUCCAGCUGGGAAAGGCCUACGGGCUCUGCCUCAUCGCCUACUACCUGCUGUUCCUGUGCCUGGCCCUGCUCACCGAGUUCAGGGUCAUCCACUUCCCCACGCCCUGAGCGGCCCCGCAGCUCGCUCUGCCUCCCCACACAGCCUGUCCCUGCCGGGGGACAAUGGCACCGCCACCUCCCCGCGCUGCUGGAGGUGCCACCCAGCCCUCAGCUCCUGCUGCCCCUGGGGACGGAGCUGGCAGUGCCCACGGCCUGUCCUCACUCUCUCCGAGCUGUGACAUUUAGGGAACCCCGGCAGGAGCAGCACCCAAACCUCAGCUGUGUGUGGGGAAGCACCAGCUCAGGGGCACAGCGGGGGAGUUCUGCCUCCUCCAUGCCAUGCUCUGGGGCAGGGUGGCACUGCCACAGCCCUGGCACACAUCUGUCCUUGGAAGGGCUGUCCCUGAUGGCACCGUGGGCACACAGGGGACACGGUGCUCCAGGGACGCACUGGCUGUGGUGCAAGCAAAGCCUGAGGGAAAAACAAACACCAAACCAAGGGAGGCUGGUUUCCCCUGCUUUUUUUAGUAAUGUUUUUCAACCUGAGUUUCAAAUCCUACUUCUCUCCUCCUCCUGGGGUGGGCAGAGCUGUAGGAAAGGACUUGGAGGUUUCCACAGACAGUGUUGACCUCUGGCAGGACAAGAUUUAGGCACUGUAAAAACUGCAAUAAAAAAAAAAAAAAAAAAACGCAAACACAAACCCGACCUUGACUUUUGCCUGUUGCAAAGGCCAUUCCUCCUGCUCUCUGCUGCCCUGACUCAGCCCUUACUCAGCACAGAGCCUUGGAGGGCAGAGGGCCCUGGGACACCCAGAGUGGCUUUUCCUGAGGGAGUGGGGAAGUGGUUUCCAGUAGCUGAUGUCCCCAGAGCAGGCACGUGCUGCCACACUGGAAACGGGGUCAGCACAGCUCAGUCCCUGGGGACAGGGAAUCCCACAGUGCCAGCAGCAUGGAGGGCUGGGCUGGUGGCUCUGCUCCCAGCUGGAAGGUCCAUGGGAUACAGGCUGGAAAGCAAAUGAUCACCCCAGAGGGACACCCACAUCCCUGCCCCAGGGGAGAAGGGGGUGUUGAGCAAACACCACAACGGUCAGACCUGGUUCCUCCUUCUUUCCUCCUGGGCCUGAAGCAUUUCUCCUUUUUCUAACAGAUACCAGCAGCUUUCACAAAAAAAAAUAACACUCCCUGUGCCCGCAGCCAUUUGCUCUGCCCUGGUCUUGCCACGGCAGCUGCCAGAACCAGCUGGGACACAACGCCCAGUUCCUGCCACAGGCAGGGCUAAAGCAAUCCAAACCUGGCCAAGGUCCCAGGACAGAGGUGCAGGGUCAAACACCCCUUCUGGCCUCAACGCUGCACCGAGGCAGCCCUAAAAACCUGCCUUUGAAAGCGUUGGUGUUUAGGGGAAAAGCUGGCAGGGGGAAGGCAGAAGGGAAGGCAGGCUUUGUAAUGUCCAGGAACAGGAAUGUGGAGCAGCAAAAUAUUCCCAACACAAGCACUUGCUACCAGAGAGGGCAGGCAGGCUCCUCUUCAAACACUGGAAAUGCUCCAGCUUGGCCAAACCCACCUCUGGAAUAACAGGGGAAGGAGGAAAGGAAGCUGCUGCCUUUACGAAGCCGAGGAUGCUCUUUAUUAGUGCGCCUGAAAAAAAUCUAGAGAACAUCUGACAGACACGUCCAUAAAAUCGGGUUUUUUUAUAAACAAAACGCCAGCAUACAAAAUCCUGCAGUGCUUCCUCCCGUGCUCCCUACAAAAUGAUUGUCUCUGUCGUCAGUCUGUGGGUGGGGGGAGGGAGAGGAGGAUAAAUAGAAGGGGAUGCCCCGUACUCAAACUUUGUUUCCUUCCAAAGUCGUAAGAAAGAAGCAAACUCCUGCUGCCCUCCUUGGUUUUACAAAAAUAAUGAACACAGCGGGUAUGUGGGGGAGGAUCAACACCUUGGAGGCAGCACCCUGACCCCCAGCCCUCCAGGGAGCCCUUUAUUGCAUGAUCAGCCCUCCGUGCCUUCCUCAACACAGCUUAAAGCCACAGCUCCUUUCACACCCAGAAAAAACCCCCAAAAAGAAAAAAAAAAAAGUCACUGAUAGCCCUGCCAGGAGAAAUCAGCUGUAGGGGAAUGUGGAGAUUAACCACAGCCACAUUUUUUUCCCCAGUAACCUUCAUAAUGCUCAUUCAUUCUGCCCACAACUUAAAGCACAAUCAAGACCAUCUCCUGCAGGCCCAGGACUAAGCUGGAUAAACCUCCCGGGCUGCAACUCCACGCAGAGCAAGUGCACUGCUCCUUAAUUUGUGGUUGAAUUUAUGGUUUGGAAAACAGCCCUUUAAGGUCCUUCAUGGGUCAGCUCAGAAGUAGUUUCAUACCUGCAAGUAUCCAGAAAGAAAACAAAGAGUUGCCGUGAGGCACCCAGGGAGUCUGGCAAGGGUUGGGAGCAGCCACUGGUGCGUGUGUGCUGCUCUCCCACUCCUUCCAAGCGCUCCCACCGUGCCAUGGAGGGAGAGAUUUCCAGAAGCAGCUCUGUCUUGCCUCCCUCUGGAAGUCUCACCCAGCCAGGAAAUGCUCCUGAGCUGCCCGGGUAGGAUCAGCCCUGU